UGGCCCAAGAUGGAGGCUGCAGCCAGGCCUGGCUGGGCCCCUGCUUCAGCCCGGUCUCUUUGGCGCCUCCUUGGAGUGUGGGACCAGAGCGCAGGCACACGGUACUGACCCCGGGCCGCGGAGAGGGCGGCCGAGUUAGUCUGGCCACGGCUCCCAGCCUGUACCAGUCCCCUCGCCUUGCGCUUUCUCCUCAGCAAAGCGCUCAGCGCUGGCGCCUCGAGAGUCCUCGGUCCAUCUCUGCAAGGCCAGGUGACGACCUCCGCUCUCCCUGUGGAUUACUUGGUUUACAAGACGCUGCCAGCAAGACCCCGAGUUUACGUGGCUGGGACCCAAGCCUCUUCAAUUCUUUACCUGCAUGUGCUGGUGGAAGUUUGGAGCUUGUUGGGGCUACUGUUUACGUGCACAUUUUGAGCCAUUUUGCAUUCACUCAAGGCGCUAACGCUGCUAGCAAUGAGCUCCCAAAGCCAUCCAGAUGGACUUUCUGGCCGAGACCAGCCAGUGGAGCUGCUGAAUCCUGCCCGAGUGAACCACAUGUCCAGCACAGUGGACGUGGCAGCGGCACUGCCUCUGCAAGUGGCCCCUGCAGCAGUGCCCAUGGACCUGCGCCUAGACCACCAGUUCUCGCUGCCCUUGGAACCUGCACUGCGAGAGCAGCAGCUGCAGCAGGAGCUCCUGGCACUGAAACAGAAGCAGCAGAUCCAGCGGCAGAUCCUCAUCGCCGAGUUCCAACGGCAGCACGAGCAGCUGUCCCGACAGCAUGAGGCGCAGCUACAUGAGCACAUUAAGCAGCAGCAGGAAAUGCUGGCCUUGAAGCACCAGCAGGAGCUGCUGGAGCACCAGCGGAAGCUGGAGCGGCACCGGCAGGAGCAGGAGCUGGAGAAGCAGCACCGAGAGCAGAAGUUGCAGCAGCUCAAGAACAAGGAGAAGGGCAAAGAGAGUGCCGUGGCCAGCACAGAGGUGAAAAUGAAGCUGCAGGAGUUCGUACUCAACAAGAAAAAGGCACUGGCCCACCGGAACCUGAACCAUUGCAUUUCCAGCGACCCCCGCUACUGGUAUGGGAAGACACAGCACAGCUCCCUCGACCAGAGUUCUCCGCCCCAGAGUGGAGUGUCGGCCUCCUACAACCACCCAGUCCUGGGAAUGUACGACGCCAAAGAUGACUUCCCUCUUAGGAAAACAGCUUCCGAACCCAACCUGAAAUUACGGUCCAGGCUUAAGCAGAAAGUGGCUGAGAGACGGAGUAGCCCCCUGUUGCGCAGGAAAGAUGGCCCCAUGGUCACUGCUCUAAAAAAGCGUCCCCUGGAUGUCACAGACUCAGCGUGCAGCAGUGCCCCUGGCUCCGGUCCCAGCUCUCCCAACAGCAGCUCUGGCAACGUCAGCACUGAAAACGGCAUUGCACCCACCGUACCCAGUGUUCCAGCCGAGACCAGCUUGGCGCACAGACUUGUGACUCGAGAAGGCUCAGUCGCCCCGCUCCCUCUCUACACAUCGCCUUCCUUGCCCAACAUCACCUUGGGACUUCCUGCCACUGGCCCUUCUGCUGGUGCAGCAGGCCAGCAGGAUGCCGAGAGGCUAGCUCUCCCGGCUCUCCAGCAGCGCAUCUCCUUGUUUCCCGGCACUCACCUAACCCCGUACCUGAGCACCUCACCCCUGGAGCGGGAUGGCGGGGCAGCUCACAGUCCCCUUCUGCAGCACAUGGUCCUGCUGGAACAGCCACCCACUCAGACACCCCUUGUCACAGACUGGUAUCUUUCAGGCCUGGGGGCACUGCCCCUCCACACGCAGUCCCUGGUUGGUGCAGACAGGGUGUCCCCAUCUAUCCACAAGCUGCGGCAGCACCGCCCCCUGGGGCGUACACAGUCAGCACCGUUGCCGCAGAACGCGCAGGCCCUGCAGCACCUGGUGAUCCAGCAGCAGCACCAGCAGUUCCUGGAGAAGCACAAGCAGCAGUUCCAGCAGCAGCAGCUGCACCUCAGCAAGAUGAUCUCUAAGCCCAGUGAACCACCCCGGCAGCCCGAGAGCCACCCUGAGGAGACAGAGGAGGAGCUCCGAGAGCACCAGGCCCUGCUCGAUGAGCCCUAUCUAGACCGACUCCCAGCACAGAAGGAGCCCUCGCUGACCGGUGUGCAGGUGAAACAGGAGCCCAUUGAAAGUGAGGAGGAGGAGGUGGAGCCCACUCGGGAGGCAGAGCCUGGCCAGCGUCCGCCCACUGAGCAGGAGCUGCUCUUCAGACAGCAAGCUCUCCUGCUGGAGCAACAACGGAUCCACCAGCUAAGGAACUACCAGGCAUCCAUGGAGGCCGCUGGCAUUCCUGUGUCGUUUGGCAGCCACAGACCUCUGUCCCGGGCACAGUCCUCCCCAGCCUCCGCUACCUUCCCCAUGUCAGUCCAGGAGCCCCCCACCAAGCCAAGGUUCACCACAGGCCUUGUGUACGACACGCUGAUGCUGAAACACCAGUGCGCCUGCGGGAAUACCAACAGCCAUCCUGAGCAUGCUGGGAGGAUCCAGAGCAUCUGGUCCCGCCUGCAGGAGACUGGCCUCCGUGGCAAGUGUGAGUGCAUCCGUGGACGGAAGGCCACACUAGAGGAACUGCAGACGGUGCACUCGGAGGCCCACACACUACUCUAUGGCACAAACCCGCUCAACAGGCAGAAACUGGACAGUAAGAAACUUCUAGGCUCACUGACCUCCAUGUUUGUGAGGCUUCCUUGUGGUGGUGUCGGAGUGGACAGUGACACCAUCUGGAAUGAGGUACACUCGUCGGGAGCAGCCCGCCUGGCUGUGGGCUGUGUGGUGGAGCUGGUCUUCAAAGUAGCCACGGGGGAGCUGAAGAAUGGCUUUGCUGUGGUUCGCCCUCCAGGACACCAUGCCGAGGAGAGCACACCCAUGGGGUUCUGCUACUUCAACUCUGUGGCAGUUGCAGCCAAGCUUCUCCAGCAGAGGCUGAACGUGAGCAAGAUCCUCAUUGUAGACUGGGAUGUCCACCAUGGGAACGGGACUCAGCAGGCCUUCUACAGUGACCCCAAUGUUCUCUACAUGUCCCUGCACCGCUAUGACGAUGGGAACUUCUUCCCAGGCAGUGGCGCACCAGAUGAGGUGGGCACAGGUCCAGGCGUAGGUUUCAACGUCAACAUGGCUUUCACAGGUGGCCUCGAACCCCCCAUGGGAGACACAGAGUACUUGGCAGCCUUCAGAACCGUGGUCAUGCCGAUCGCAAACGAGUUUGCCCCAGAUGUGGUACUGGUGUCUUCAGGCUUUGAUGCUGUGGAAGGCCACCCCACACCUCUUGGAGGGUACAAUCUCUCUGCCAAAUGUUUUGGGUACUUGACAAAGCAACUGAUGGGCCUGGCUGGUGGCCGGAUUGUGCUAGCCCUUGAGGGAGGCCACGACCUGACAGCUAUCUGCGAUGCCUCUGAAGCAUGUGUUUCUGCUCUGCUGGGAAAUGAGCUGGAGCCUCUGCCAGACAAGGUUCUACAGCAGAGACCCAACGCCAAUGCGGUCCGGUCCAUGGAAAAAGUGAUGGACAUCCACAGCAAGUACUGGCGGUGCCUGCAGCGCCUGUCCUCCACCGCUGGGCACUCUCUGGUUGAGGCGCAGAAGUGCGAGACUGAAGAAGCUGAGACAGUCACAGCCAUGGCCUCGCUGUCCGUGGGCGUGAAGCCUGCUGAGAAGAGGCCUGAGGAGGAGCCCAUGGAGGAGGAGCCACCACUGUAGCCCCUGGAAGCUGCUGUUCUCGCUUUUGUUUGUCUGUCUGGAAACUCAGCCAAGAAACUUUCCCGUGUCACGCCUGAGUCCUGCCGUGAUGCUCUCUGAGCACACAGGGACACCGGUGUGCAGCCGCCGUGGAGGCCUUUCCGCUGCCCCGGACCUCAGGUCUGGAGACGCACAUGCACACCAGGUGCGGCGAUCACACGGAACACAGGACAGCGCGCCACACAGGCGCACAGACGCGGAAGCCAAGCACAUGCUGGCGGUCCCCCAGGGAAGCCGCGAAGGAAGAAGCCUGUGGCAACUUGAGUUGCCGAAUUGAGUUUUCACAAGGAAAAUGAAAAUCAAAGAUCUAAUAAUACAGAACAAACUUGAUUAAAACUGGUGCUUAACGUUUGAUUCUUACCACAGUUCCACAGUCUCCGUGUAAACCACUCAUCUUGUAGCUUUUUUUUUUUUAACAGCGUUUUCUCUGGCUCUGGCCUGCCUUGUGAACCUUAACAGGGGUACCAUGGGGUUCACAGCUCGUGGGGGACAGAGUUGGAAGAAACUUUAAAGGAAAAAAAAUGGACAGAACAGAAAUGUGAGCCUGGGAGUUGGCCCGAGCUUCUCCAAGCCAUUGGAAGAUGCGAGUUUGUGCCUUUUUUUAUUGCUAUGAUGGAUUUGUGGCUGGGUUUUCUGAAGUCUGAGGAACAAUGCCUUAAGAAAAAAUAAACACCAGGAAUUGUCCUGUGGCAGGCUGAGCCUGGUGGUGCUGGCCUGGCGCUCUGAAGACCGGCAGCAGCCGCUGGCCCCACAGCCGUGGUCCGGCAGCCUUGCUCCGCUUCGCUGCUAUUUAAAGAGGAUGGAGGUAGUUCCAGAAACACGGCAAACAGUGUUGGGGUUUUGAAAUCCAACAAGUUUUAAAUGGAUCCAAAGUGUCUUCUACUCAUCCGUCACACAGCGAUCGAGCAUCUCCAUUUGGUUGUGAAGCAUGUCGUAGGCACACUCCAGUGUUACGAUUGGAAUGCUUUUUAUUAAAAGCAAGUAGCAUGAAGUAUUGCUUAAAUUUUAGGUAUAAAUAAAUAUAUAUAUGUAUAAUAUAUAUUCCACUGUACUCCAAGCUAAGAAACUUGAUUCUUAUGAGAUCUUGAUAAAAUAUUUAUAAUGCAUUUAUAGACAAAGUAUAUAUAAAAAUAUAUAAUAAAUGCAGACCGCAAAGGUCCAGGCCGGUGGGAGACCUGUGGGUUAGCUCUGAGGUGCUGGGUUGGGAUCUGGAUUGAAGCCCGUGGAUUUUUGAGCUCCGAUUGGCCAGCUUCCAGAUCGCCAGUGUGUUUGCCCCUGGGCAACUUCCCUAGCAGUUUGUACUUUAAUUUUAAUUAUUUUCUAACAGAGGCCCUGCCCUCUCAAAGCCUCCAUGCACAUAUGUACCUAAUGAGUUUUUAUAGCAAAGGAUAUAAACUUGCUGUUGAUUUUUUUGUAUGAAUUUUUCACAAAAAAAAAAAUCCAGAAGAAAUACCGUUUUGUGGAUUUUACUUUUUUUCCUUACCAUUCAGCAACUGUCUGAAUGGGGUAAUGUCUGGAACUUUUAAUUUCUGAAUUCUUGUACAUUUUUUUAACUCUGAAGGUUGUUUUUAUGACUUGGUUUUGUUUCUUUCUGUACAGGGAGCAGCACCUGCCGCAUAGGACCAGUGAGUGCUCUCACACUUGGUUCUCAGAGCAAGCCUCUGGGGAGGGCCACAGCAGGUCUUUGGGUGGUGGUGGGGGGGCACCUUUGCUAGCUCCACCCAGGAACUGCACAGUGAAGCCAGGGCCUUCUGGCCUGCAACACUAGUAGUAUUAUGGGGCAGUGUGUCUCCCCCUGUGACAAAGGCAGGUAGGCCACGUGGGAUGCAGACAGUCGGCAUUAACGAGUGUAGACUUAUGACCAUGCCAUCGGGAUAGCCUUCCAAAGCCCUUUGAAGCAUGUCUGUAGUGCCUGGCCCACUCUGGGCUCCUAGCGAUUCACAGCGGCUUUUCCCACGGCCAUAGUCAUAGCUCUGGGUUUGGAGCUUGUGGCUGCUGAACUGAGGCCCUUGUUCAGCAGAACCUGCGGGCAUGUGCAGGGCCGAGGCCAGCCAGUCCUUGUCUUGCUCUUUUCUCUCUGGCAGUGACUGGCUCUUUUUUACUGGUAACUUAUUUUCUAGCACUUAAAGGCAUCAGUUUCAUUCCAAAGUGUGUGGAGCUCAGAUUUGUAGGAGGAAGUUUGGGUGCUCAGGAGGGACACCCCCCCCCAAAAGUUUCCGAGUUUGGUGAAGUUUACAGGGUAGAUGGGAACUCAGGCUUUUGACUGACAGGCUGAGCACACAUUCUUGGAUUCUUGGUCACUGGGCUGCUGUGGUCAGUCCUGAGACAGGUUACAGACAGGCAGAGCAGUAUUGCGACAUGUCUGAUCCUCCCUGCAGCCACUCUGGCCCUCUGCAGAAGGAGCUGCCCUGCCACAGCCCCCAGCCCCUCUUUGCUUCUGGCGCUGCAUGGUAGCAGAGCCCAGCCCGCUGCUCUUCUGGCCACUGGGGCCCUUUUUCCACACACCUGUGAGAACCCUGCCAACUGCUGUCUUCUGCCAUCCACAGCUCGCGAGGAGGUGUGCAUCAUCCUGUUUUUUCAGAUGAUGAGUGACCAGGGCAUUGUGGGAGGGACUCACUUUGGUCAUUCAGACACUCUAUGAUGCAGGGGCCUGGCCAGGGAGCCAGCUCACUCCAGCUUCCCCGUGUGCUGAAAGCAUUAUCUACCAGAUAGCCUUUCCUUCUUUGAAGGCACACGUGGCCCUUCUCCACAGUCAGCACCCAAGGUGGAGGGCAGAGGUCAGCCGUGGCCUCCAGGGCACUGCUCGCCCAGUCCUUAUGCCUUCCUCCCCCUCCCUUACUUUGCAGAGGCCUUGGUGGACUCUGGCUGGGGAGCUGAGAGCAAGCACUUUACAUCUCUUUAGGGGAAGCCUGCAGACAUCGUGUGCCCGGGACGCUGGUGUCCACUUGCCCUCGGGGCUUCCAGCUGCGCCUUGAGUGCCCAUGCCCCACCAGCAGGCCACUGUCCCCAAGGCCAAGCCCACUGGGAACAGCCACCCCUCCCGGCAGACUUCCUGGGGCUCUGGCUCCUGAGGGUAGCUUUGUCAAAGUAUUUCAUUUUUCUUUACUUUUCCGUUUUGGGAUGGUCUGACACAGAAGCCAAUCGGAUCUUUGUAGCAUUGGCAGUGGACUGGGGUGUGUUUCUGUCAGAACAUUCCUCCUUCACUGGUCACAGCACGUGCUCAUUCCUUUCUGUAGACCUUGGGCCCACGUGUUUCAUACGGGCAUUGAUACAUAUAUAAAUAUAUAGAUACAAAUAUAUGAUAUAUUUUUUUAAGUUUCCUACACCUGGAGGUUGCAUGGGCUGUAGGCCGGCAUGUCUUUAUAUCGUAUACAGAUUUUGCACGCCAAACUUGGCAGCUUUGGGGAAGAAGAAAAAUGCCUUUCUUCCCCUCUCAUGUUUGCAGAUACGGAAUUGUUCUGUACAACAAAACGUUCAAGGAGGAGGGGGGCGUUGAGUCUUACUGAACUUAUUCUCAAGAAAUUGUACUUUUUAUUGUAAGAAAAGUAAAAGGACUGCUACACAUUUGUCAUCGAGAAAAGUUUACCUAGACCUGUGACCUACCGGUGUCUCCACACAGAAGCGGUGUUUCGGGGAAGCUCCACGGCACUCAGACCAUGCUGCCCAUCUCCCUGAACUGGCUGGAGGAUUUUGUUUUAUUUGUUUCUUUUUCCCUCCCUGCACAGUGCCGGGCACACCUGCCCACCGUCACUGGCCUCUCUGAUCAAGAAUCAGGGCUCUGGUGAGGCCCAGUCUCCUCACAGCCCCGUUGACCUCUCACCAUUGCUUCUGGAAGAUGCAGGGCUGGGGCUCCACUUUGAGCAGCCUGAGCCUUUGCAAGCCCUGGGCCUAAGCAACCCCCGGCCAGAGGAAGCUCGACUCGUCACACUCUCCGCGUGGCCUCGCUGCUCCAUCGAUUAAGUCUCCUAUGGAAAGAAAAGAACGCAAAGAGGUCUCACUGGUUUUGGGUGGGGUGCUCCACCGCAGAGGCACGGUUUUCCAAUUUAUGAAAAUGUUAAACACAUAUGCUCUAUCUCCAUGGAUGCAUAGGAGGCUGACCUCUGAGAGCUCACUCCAGAUGUGAGGUCCCAGCCUUGAGCACCAUGACAUGAUGGCACAGGGCUUCCGCGGCCUCGGCCACCUCGGGCUCUGUGGCAGCCUGUGUUCUCUUUGAUUGUCUGGACCUCCCUGCAGCGCUUUCUCCUCAGCGGGGUUGGAGGUCGUGUUUGAUUUUCACGUUCUUGUUUCAUUUUGUGUGGUGGGUUUCACUGACCGGCGGUGUCCUCUGGCGGUCACUUCUCUCCACCUCCCGGGGUCCAGUGUUCUGUGCCACAUCACACACCUGUCACUCUUGUGAUGUAAAUAAAGACUGUGUUAAUUGCC